CAAAAUGAUCGCCGUGCUGUUGAUUUGCUUCGUGGCAGUUCUUGGUGCAAUCGCGCUCUGGUUGCAGCAUCGCAUCAAGUUCAAAUCGCUAAGGGGAAUUCCUACCGUGGAACCGUGCUAUCCACUGGUGGGAAAUGUUCCGAUUGUGGUUGGGAAAAGUGAAGAGCAGCUGUUCUCGAUCGUUGCACAUCAGGUGUUAAAGUAUGAUCGAUUGUUCAAAGUUUGGGUUGGUCCGAAGCUGAUGCUGGCCACCAGCCAUCCGGAUUUGAUCUACCAGGUCGUGAACCACCCGCAGUGUUUGGAGCGACCGUUUUUGUAUGGAUUCUCCGGAUUCACCAAGGGAAUCUUCUCGACGGAUUGGAAAUUGUGGAAGCUGCAAAGGAAAGCUCUGAACCCAGCGUUCAACGCGCUUGUGCUGAACAACUUUGUGCCGAUAUUUGAAGAGUGCAGUCGAAGGAUGGUUCAAAACAUGCUGAGUCAUGCCGAUGGGUCAACGGGAGUGAAUAUCCUCAAGUUCACCUCGAUUUGUACGCUGGAAAUGAUUUGCGCAACUUCGCUGGGCAGUGAUGUGAUGCAACGGCCGGGAAAGGAAGAAUUUGUGCAUAGCAUUGAAACAGCUUUCAACUGUGCUUCGAGAAGGAUGUUCAAACCAUGGCUGUAUACUGAUAUUACCUAUCGAGUGACGAAAGAUUAUAAUGAUCAACAGAAAGCUUGGGGAGUUAUUUGCGACUUUUUCUCUAAAAUCAUCGAAGAAAAAAAGCAACUCAUUCGCGUUGAAGACCACAAUCACAAUGUUCAGGCACUGGCGGAUAACAAGAACGACACCGAAGAUCGAAAGCCCAAGAUAUUCAUCGACCGACUGCUGGCGGAAACCCGCGGGGGAGUCCCGUUCAGCGAUCAGGAAAUUUUCGACAACACUUAUCACAUUAUCACUUUGGGAAACGACACCUCAGCGCUGGAAGUGAUGCAUGCUUCGCUGUUUCUGGCCAUGUAUCCGGAGAUACAGCGGAAGGUUUACGACGAGUUCAUUCAAGUUUUUCCGUCGGAAGAUUCCGAGAUCACGGCUGAAAGCUUAAACCAGCUGGAGUAUUUGGAUAUGUUUCUCAAGGAAUGCCUUCGACACUGUCCAACGGCGGCAAACAUUGCUCGAACUACGAUAACGGACAUUGAGUUGGACGGGAUGACAGUUCCUGCCGGAACGGACAUAAUAUUGAGCUUCUAUGGUCUACAUCACCGGAAAGACGUUUGGGGUCCGGACGUGGACAAGUUCGAUCCGGAGAAUUUUAAGCAGGAACGUGUGAUGGGACGUCAUCCUCAUGCGUUUUUGCCAUUUAGCCAUGGAACUCGGAAUUGUUUAGGAGCUCGAUAUGCAACGUUAAGCAUCAAGGUCAUGCUGAUUUACAUACUCAGAAAGUACCACCUCAGUACAACACUUCGUCACGAGGAUUUGCGCUACAAAUUUGACAUGACACUGAAACUAGCCUUUGAUUCUCUCAUUCAACUGGAACGGAGAGAUCGUCAAGAGGCACUUUGCAUUCUGUAAUUUCAUUAUUGUUAUUUUAUCUGUAUAAGAAA